AUGGCUGAUGAAAGUGUGAGAGAAUCCAGUGAUUUUGAAAAGCAUUACACACUUAACGUUGGUUCGGCUAACGUAGAAGAGUGUAGUCGAAGUCUGAUUAUUACUAACAAAGGAAGUUUUAAAUGGUCUGGAGAAUUUGAAGCUUUACAAACGCUAUUUGAUGAUAUCCUGAAGAGCCAGACAAGUUGGUCAAAACCGGGUGGUAGCUGUAGAAAAUUGGAAGUUGCAGACCAGUUAAUAGUAAGAUGGUACUCUGAUAGUCGCUCACUUACACUUAACGGGAGUAAAGACGAAGAAAUUAAAACUUGUUUGCGAGAAUUAGCGAAGGAAGCAAUAGACCAUGACAUGAAUACAUCAGAUAGUAGCUUUGAAAAUCAAAAAGACUCUCCAUACCAAAUUAAGUUUGAUGGAGAGGACAAAUCAUUGGAAAGUCAAGCCGAUGUCUCAGCCAAAAUUACUGCAGAAGAUCUGACAAUGAUCUUGGAAAAAAUCGAGAAAAUUAAGCAGAAACUAGAACGCAAAAUUGAUGACAUAUCUCUCGAAGUAUGCAAAUUUCAAGAUGCCGACAGCUUUGCAUUAACAUUGUCACGAGAGCAUAUCUCUUUUAUUAAAGAUGAAAAUGUACAGCUAAAAGCGGAAAAUGACUAUUUAAAAAAAGAACUGGAAAAUGCUACUCUUGUAAUGUCGGAUCUCAACGAACAUGUAAAGUUGAUGGUAGAAGAAAAACAGAGCUUAAUUACUGCAUUAAAAAUUCUGCAAAACAAUGAAAUUGAUGAUGGCAGGAACAAAAGAUGGCAUAUUGCAUCGGAUAGAAAACAACAGAAGGUCCCACAGUUCAAACCAAUCGAAGUAUCAACUGACAGUGAAGACAAUUAUCUUUCAACAAACAGAUAUUCGGAACUUACAGAUGAAGCCCUAUUAAACGAGCAACAACUCGAAGAGACAUCCCAAAAAAACGAGCAACAAAUUAAAGUGAUAUCCCAGCCAAGGACUAACCAAACAAACAUGCCGCGGGGUCAACAAUCAAGUAAACUGCCUGGUCAAAAACCAAGCAGACGCAAAACCAAAGAUAGCGAUCAACGAGAACAACAAACCGAACAAAACGGUCCCAACGUGCUUCCGAAUUUAAGGGAAACAAAUCAAACUGACAAUCGUAAUCGAACAGAUAGUGCAGCAACAGAAUUAUCCAAGCGAGACCUGAACAACAACAAUUCAAAACCUGACGAGCGAAAACCAAUACUAAUAAUUGGUGACUCGAUUAUAAAGCACAUUAAUCCAAAUAAAUUAUCUCGAAGAACGGUGCAUAAAUUCACCUAUCGCGGAAAAACAUGUGAAGAAAUUAGUGAAGCUAUUGACAAUACCCAGACAAAGAUUGACCCAUCUCAUGUUAUUAUAUUUCCAUUGUGGUACAAAUAA